AUGCCUCCAGUGCUGGAGGCCUCCGCCGCGGCCGCCGCGGACCCGGCCGACCUCCACGUGGUCUUCUCCGCCGAGUGCAUCCCUGCCUUCGACUGGCAGAGCGCCGGCCUCUUCUACUCCUUCCGGCGCGUGCAGCAGCCCGGGCGCAUCACGCGGCUGCUGGCGUGCUCCGAGGCGCAGCUGUCCACGUACCCGAAGGUUAACCUCGAGAUGGGGCCAACCUUUGUUCACAAGAACAUGCGCUUCGACGCGAGCAACGACGCCGAGAAGGACGACCCGCACAACGACGGUAAAGGGACGGGGUAUGCCUCCUACAACAAGCCCUACUCGGUGAUGGCGUGGCUCGAGCAGACCGACGUCGAGGAGGACCACGUCGACUUAGAUGGGGAAUGCCCCCGCAUAUCUCCCCAUAUCUCGGGGCCUAGAUGGGGAACGCCCAUCUUUGUAUCGGGCAAGGGCACUCGAGUGGACACAUAUUCGACUCGGGGCGCCCUCCCCUCCCUGCCGUGGAACCCACUCGCACACCUCACGACGCAGGACUAUGUCCUCUUCAUGGACUCGGACAUGAUCCUCCGCCAGCCGAUCGACCCGGUGGCGAUGGGCGUGACGCGCGGCAACGUCGUCUCAGCAGACGCUGACCUUCCCUUCCCUUGCCUCUCCGCAGAGUACACCUACCUGUACGGCACGAAGAGCGGGUUCGCGCACCGUUUCAUCGACCCGAAGCUGGACCGCCGCAUGGCGCAGGACCUCCGCCAGAUCGCGCCGAAGUGGCUGACGUUUACGCAGCGGGUGCGCCAGUUUGCAAACGACCACCCCGAGGAGUACUUCAACGAGUCGGCGCACCACCCUCUAGAAGCAGAAUACGGGCGCGGUGGCACGAGAUAUGGGGAGAUACGGGGAGAUACGGGGAGAUAUGGGGAGCUCGAGGGGGAGACAUGGCGCAAGCAGGCGCGGUGGCACGGCGAGAUGUACGGCUACGUCUUCGCCGCCGCCGAGGUGGGAGUCACGCACCGGAUCCGGCGCGACAUCAUGCUGUACCCCGGCUACGAGCCGCACCUCGGCCGGCCUCCCUCCAUCAUGCACUACGGCGCAGACUACACGCUCGGCCGGGCGUACUUCAACAAGAUGAACUACCAGCAGCUCCGGCUCGAGGAGUGCUCACGCCACCUCCUCGAUACUUCCUCGACACUUCCUCGACGCUUCCUCGACACGUCCUGGCUCCGUGACCUGCAGGAGUGCUCACACGCUCUCGCCAAGCCGUCGGGCUCGCUCUUCCUGCUUGACGACCCUGAGGUCGAUCUGGAGGCGAUGUCGAAGCGGGACGCGCUCUGCCAGGAGCAUCUCUCAACUCUGAACGCGGCCUUUUGCGAGUUUUACCAGCGCGCGUGCGCCGGCAAGCUGCUGCCAGAGAGGUGCCGCACCUUCGCCGCGCAGAUCGACGAGGUGCAGCCUCGGAUCAGCGCCUGCGUGGACGAGCACGAGAACUGCGCGGGGUGGGGGCUGGCGGAGUGCGGUAAGAACCCGAUGUACAUGCACUCAAAGUGCCCCGUCACCUGCCAGAGCUGCGGCAAGUCGGGCUCCGAGCUGGUGCCGUCAGAAGUGCACUAUGGCGACUGGAAAUACGACGAGCGGCUGCAGGCGGAGCGGCUGCAGCAGGUGGCGGAGGUGGUGGCGUCGGCGAGCGAGGAGGAGCUGGUGGAGAUCGAGGGGAAGGUUGCGGCGCGCCGGACGGAGCUGCGGCAGAUAAAGCACGAGUUAUGA